CAAUAACUAACGUUUUAAAGAGGUUCUCGUUGGAAAUAAUUUCUGAUAUGCGUGGUUUUUAUGCCCGUUCUCCGGUUUUCGUAUUAGUAUCCCAAUUCACCGGAAGUUGCAUGCUUGCUGUGCAUGAGACCGAUAGACAGAUUGAUUCAAGGCUUGACAGAAGGUUUCGAUAAAUAGAUCUAACAGUUUGUUUACUUUAAUUGGAAACAUGUUUAAAAAAUUUGAGGACAAGGAGUGUGUAACAGGGACGAACCAAGCUAAAUCAACAGUUCAGAAGGCUAUCAGGGCUUCCCUACUAAAGAUCUACCCACACAUAAAGGAUUACUUAGAUCAUAUCAUCCCAAAAAAAGGAGAUCUCAAAGUGGUUAAAUGUCGUGAUCACAUAGAAAUACUAGCCAGUUCUAAAGGAGAACCAUUGUUCUUUCGUCACAGAGAGGACAAGUAUGUCCCAGCUCUUAAGUUGUUACACAAGUACCCCUUCCUUGCCCCACAUAUGCAGGUGGACAAAGGAGCUAUUCGGUUUGUGUUGAGUGGUGCCAACAUCAUGUGUCCAGGUCUAACCUCUCCUGGUGCAAGGAUGACGAAGGUUGAAGCUAACACUGUGGUCGCUGUCAUGGCAGAAGGCAAAGAACAUGCUGUGGCUGUUGGUGUAACAAAAAUGUCCACAGAUGAAAUUUUGGAGAAAAACAAAGGAAUUGGGGUGGAAAAUAUUCACUAUCUGAAUGAUGGACUAUGGAAUAUGAAGAAUGUGAAAUAACAAAGUAUUAUUUUCUAGGAAAUAAUAUGUUAGGCCUUUGGAUAGACAUACCUGCCUGGAGUGAUGCUCUGGUCUGAUAUACCUGUGGUGUUAUCAAUACCUGGUUGUUCUUUCUCAGACUUUAUACACACAAAUCAAUUAUUUUUGGGAAGAAUUAUUUUUAUCAUGAUGAUAUUCUUAAACUCGUCAUCAAUUCCCCAAAAAAGGUUUGAAGUCAUAAAAUGACAAUACCAUCUCCAUCACUUGCAUUUGAGUUUGAAUAUAAUAAAGAGUAUUCAAACUGUCUCAACAAUACACAAUGAUACAAUUUUCAGAAAAUGAGAACUGGUGCUUUAUGAAGUGGUUUUCUCAUCUCCUGGACGAUUUGUUAUUGUCCAAUUUAAAAGUCGUAUGUUAGUAAAUUUGUCAAAUUGUCCAAUUUAUAGGUCGUAUGUUGGUAAAUUUGUAUUAUGUAAGGACUGAUAUCAACAUACCUAUAUAUAGUGUAUGUAUGAAUUAAAAAAAAGAUCUGUCUGUGGGUUGCUGAAUGUCGCUAUUGGUAUUUACAUUGUUUUUAUGUAUGCAUAUAUUUGUUAAAAUAACAUAUACAUGAUAAAUUCAUUAAACCUGUAUUAUCACCAAGGGUAACUACACUGACAACAAAUGCCAGUGUGUCGUAUCACUUGUAAUAAUGAUUAAUGAUACUUCAUAAUAUCAGCAGUGCUGAACAGUGCUAGUUAAAAUUCUGAAGCAAAAGGGAGAUAAUUCUAACAGAUUAAAAGAUAAUCCAACAUAACGACUAGUGAAUACAAACACUAUUUUUUACAAUAUAUAAAGAAAGAAUAUGUUUCACCAGGUUAAGGGAAUUAUUUUGAAUUGAUUCUAACAUUAACAUAAAAGUAACUUUUACUGAAAUCAUGGUCGCAUCUAAAACACACAACAUACAAAGUAACACAACUAAAUUAUUUAACUUUGUCAUUUUGAAUACAAAAUGUACCUGAUA